UAUUUUAUUUAUUUAAUGACGUCAGCAUUCAAACUAUAUAAAUAUCCCCCUUCACAGCUUAACCUGGGGAAGGAAAAGCUAAAAAGGAAACUCCUUUCAAGAUAUAUAAAAAUGAAAGGAACUGUAUUUGCUGCACAGCCUGAUGAAGAGGCUCUCAAAAAGCUGCUUGAUGUAUUUGGUUCUCAGUUUUCUCUUGAGGACAUAGCUUCUGCUUAUUACGAGUCAAAAGGGAAUGUCAAUGUUACGGGUGAAAUUCUUUGUGCAAGAAAUGAUGGAAGGACCUUAAGUGCUAGGGCUAAUACAUUUGAAAAUAAGUCAGCGGGAUGGGAAAGUGUAAGUGCAGUGUCUUCAGAAUAUACAUCCAGCAAUCCCAGCACUGGUGCAUUAAAGUCGAAAAAAUCUUCUGUAUCAAUGGGCAGUGUUACAGGGGUGAUAGGAAAAAACUUUGUCAAACCAGGGCCAUCAAGAUUGGACUCUCCUGUGACUACCAAACCUGUGAAAAUAGAUUCAAAGAAAUUUCCAGUCUCUGUGAUAUGGAGUGAAGAAGGUUCAGCAAGUAGGACAACAAGGAAUGGCACCACACAUGGUGAUCUGAAGGAAUUUCUGUUCAAGAUGCUAGAAGAUGGUUUUCAACUUGACAACUCUGUAAUUGAAGAAGUACUUGAUUGUUGUGGUUAUGAUGUGGAAAAGAGCAUGGACAAACUGCUUGACUUGUCAGCUUCGACUCUAGAAAAGUCUGAUGAUGUUAUUGCUAUAGCUGCUGAUAAGUUUACAGGGAAAUGUCCAGAUGACCAAUUAGUUUUAGUCCAAGACAAACCGCAAUGCAAAGAAUUUGGUCGCAGCAAAGAAGCUACAUCUAUGAUAAGAAAGCCGACAAGAUCUCCAAGAAGAAACAAAGAUAGACUCGCUCUGGAGAAAGAAAUCUUAGAAUCAUUAUUCAGUGUUCCUGAGAGAUCUGAGGAAGCAUCAAAAAGAACUCGUUUAGUUAGGGUGGUGAGGAGAUCAAGGGCAUUUGGUGAAUUGGUGACUGAACCUCUCAAGGACACAGAUACCAGUCUCACAACUAAUGCUGUGGACCUGCAGAAAAUUUCGAAAGAUGUGGAAGAUGGACAUGAUGACGAUGAGAAUAGCUAUGAUAUGUUACGUCAAGCUGUGAAGGAGUAUUGGAUCACAAUGAAGGAGUACUGUAAAGCUGCUAUUGAGGCAUUUGCUGAGGGUGAUAAGGCACGAGCAAGCAAACUCAUGGAGCUGGUUCAUUUUUUUAACAAAAAGGCCCGAGAGGCAGAUGAAAGAUCUGCUGAAAAGAUUCUUGAAACCAGUUGCAGAGAUGAUGAAGUUUUACCUCUUGACUUGCGUAACUUUGAGCCCAAGGACGCUGUUAAUCUUCUCAGAGUGCAUUUAACUUCUGUUUCUGGCAUCCCUUCUAUCAAGUAUCUGAAGGUCAUAGUGGGAACCAUUGAAGAAGAUACUAAAAAAGGGGCUCGAAAACGACUGGUUAAGAAACAGCUUGAGAAGGAAUCAAUUAAAUGGAAUGAGGAGGAUAAUGGUCGAAUAUUUUCAAUUCGAGUCGAUGUAAUCAACCCAAAGCACCUGAGCUUUGCAAAGAAUAAGGAUCUGAUGAACAUGUGAUCCUCCUAAACAGAAAGGCUGAAUCAUUUCAAGGUUUUUGGUAAAACAGACUCAGCCAUAGCAGUCAUCUACAAAAAGGGGAAAUUGAACAGCUUAGACAAAACAUGGCAAUUCUUUUUCUUUUUUUCCAUUCGAAAUCUGAAAGAAAGUGUGCAUGUUUGAGUUUUCUCCUUCUCUUUUUCCUUCUUUUUCUUAUAAACAUGGUGGUAGAAUGUCAUGCAGCUGCAAUAUUGGAAAUUUGUUCUAAUACAAUUGGCAUUGAUACAUAAGCAAAUGUUCUUCAA